AUGUACCGGAUCGAUAAUUCAAACGAUGUUGAUACGAACCAUGUGGAACUUCAAAACGUGAUAACCGGUGCUACCACACUUCGGCUCCGAUGUAAGCUGCUUCUUGAUUUAUUCGAAACGCUCAAUUUCCCGAAAGUUCUUUUCAUAAAAAAUGGGUUCUAUAAAACGCAUAACACUUGUUGCUUGUUGGAUUGUUUGACGGCGCAAGCAUAAAUUCAAACGGAAAAGGCUUCAAAAAGCUCAGCAAGUAGUUUUCAACAAUCUAGAGAUGGUCAAAAACUUUUUUUUUUUGAAAAGGUCUGGUUUUUCCGCAGAUUAUUUAGAUCAUUGAAUUUAUAAUCUUUGGAAGGUUUUUCAACUUUAUUUUGACUUUUCGGCUUUAAAGGACAUUUUAAAUCUUCCCUAGUGUAAAGGAAUAGUUUGAGGUCGCAAGUCGAGAACUCAGCAAGCCGAAGCCCCUCAGAUGUGCAAAGGAAUGGCUCAGUGACGUUCUCACCCGGUCAUCGGAGACAACGGGAGAACACACAGACGCGCGAAGUUCGGUUCCCUUCGUCUCAGCUGACGUCGGACUCGUUCGUCAGAAUCGACUCCUGGCACCAGGAUCGGGUGGCUCAUCAUAGCCGUUUCGGUUAGUUUAAAAAUUUUUGUAUUUAAAGGCACAUUAACGUUGAUUGGAACAAAACUUUAUUUAGAACAAAACGCGAUUAUUUCCUCCCAUUGCAUAAUUGUGAGUUCUUCUUUGAAUCGGAGUACAGAAAACUGUUCACGGUCACGCAGUUUUAUGACGUUUGGAUUUGAAAAAUAAUUCAACGACCCUUUAUAAGGAUGCUCAGUCUUCUUUGGGUAGGAUGAGACUUUUCCAAUCUUCAGGUCGUACAUUAAUGAGUAUUCCGGUCAAAUUUUAGAAAUUACCAAUCCCAAAGUAAGCUGAUCUUCCUUGUUAGAACUUUUGAACUAUUAAAAUACUUUUUGAUGUACCAGAUGAAAACUGGAAACAAUUUUGAAACUCCUCAAGUUUUCCGCUAACAGUUCUCUUCAAAUUUAAAGAUAUCAAAAAAGAGAAAGUUUCGGAACUGGAGCGAUUCAGAUUCUUCAUCGUGAAUAUGAUAGUAUUUCGGCAAACUUUCUGAACUUAGAAAAAUAAAAACGAAAAUUUUUGUAGGGAAGUCCUUGGAUGAAGGCUAACAUUUCUGAGCUGAGUAUUCAUUCACCCGAAAAAAAAGUACAAUUUCUUUUCUUUUUGUGAAUACCCAUUUCGGUUUCCAGAAGCACUAUGUUGCGGCUGGAGGACCUGGUCGAGACGUCGACAGUUGAUCCUCGCCUCGGUGGUCGUGCUACUGCUCAUCUUGAUAGCCUCCGCGAUGGUCGUUCUCAUCCUCCUCCUCGUGCGGAACAACGGCGGCGGUAAUAACUAUCACAACAACGUCCUGAGCACGUCAACCCCAAGCCCGCGAUCUCCAACCAGCGCCCCACCGUCGCCCUUCCUUCAGUGCUUCGUCACACAGACUCGGUCGUCCUUCCACAACUUGAGCAUGAACCUCACCUCUCUCAACCCCGAAGUCCGAGACUACGAGUUCGAAGGCACUUUGAUCGGUUUCAGUAUGGAAAACAAGACCGUAGCCAUAUACAGCAACAACACGUUUCAAUUGGAGGAAAAUCUCAAAGUCGACACAAUGGGCUGUCAAGUUUGUCAGCUUCUGUCGACGACGAUCAACUGCUGCAGCUCAUGUCCCAAUUUGGAGAACACCACCACGCUUUGCUCAAUCAACGGAACCUUCUUCCAGACGUCGAACCAGGUUGUCGAGCUGGAAGUCACCGAGAAUGGUCGGUCGCUGUUCCUGACGACGUUCAGCGGUAGAGAGCCAUGCACCCUGCAGUCCUACCUCGUCAACAGCACGACAAGCCUCGUCAUGGCGGGUCCGACGAGAAUCUGUCCGAACGUCACUGAUAUCAGGCUCAUAACAGCGACGACCCUCUACAUCGAAGGGAACGUCGAAGGUCUCGACCAGCGGAUGGUGAUCCUAGACGGUCAAGGUCAGCAGCACAUCUAUGACAAUCAGCUCAACGAAACCCUCGUACACUACAACCUUCUCAAUCAGACGGCGUUGACGAUGAGGUCGACUUUGCUCGGCGAGCACCUUUUGGUCGCCAUCAUAACCAACUCUUCUUUUUACGUCACCCGUCAGAACAUAUACUCCGGAUGCGUGACGACGCUGGCCGGCCAACAACAAAAGUUCAGCUACGACGGCGAUCUGCGCGGCGGCGACUGGAUCCAAGAUCAGCUUUACCUUUGGCUCGUUGAACGUAACGGCGUCAACCUCGUAAUUUACGACUUCGAAUGGCCUCAGGACAAGAUUUGCCAAAAACAACAGGAUUUUUCAAAUUUAGCAGAGUAA